CGAUAACUCCACACUAACUGCCACGCCACCCCUCACCCUCACGGCGCUGGCCUCGGUGCUCUUCCUCGCACCACUUCCGACUGAUUCUGUCUCGCCUUGUGUGCAAAAGCUUCUGACGAUGUCAUUCUUCGGUUUUGAUACGUCUCUUCCACGAGAUCGCCAGGCUGGCCAACAGGCUCGAGGUAUCUUUGAAAAUCCAGAUCCGUUUGCCGAAGUCGCCCGUGCUCAGGCUCAGGGUCUGCACGACGCAGAUGACGAUGCAAUUGACUUCGAGGAUACCUACGAUGGGUUGGGUGACCAGCUGGACGAUGACCAAGAUGAGUUCAACGAUGAUACCUUCGGCGGCGGUAACAACACCGUGGGAAAGGAUUUUGAUUUCUUCGGAACGACCGCGCAGGUUUCUGAUGCGAUUAACGAAGAGCAAAUUCGCUAUACUCUGCAGCACCCUAAACCAUCCGCCCCGCUGUCCCCUGGCGCUGGCCAACGGCAAGCGCCUGCAGUAGCAUCUAUUCCUCGGCUACCAAAAAAGUCUGGGUAUGAGAGAUACCAAGACUCCGAGUUUAUUCCGGAGAUAGCAGCCAAAUCGAGCGUAUGGGGAACAACUGCGCAAAAGAAGCACGUGGCCGAGCCUGCGCCUGUUGCUUCUAUGCCAGCCGCGUCGCGAAAGAUGAUGAGUUUGGAGGAAGUUGAAGCUCAAAUGCGACACCAACCGCAGCAAUUUCCUCACGCUACACUCCCAAUAGCUCCCCAUCCCGAUGUAGUUCAAGGAGUACCCCGUGGCCAGAAACUACCGCCUUUCCCUGAAGGGUUCCCCCCCCUUCCACCCGGGGAGUUGAUGGCCUUGGAGCAGCAAGCUUUAGCCCUGGGAAUAAGCCCAAUCCAGCUACUGCAGAGACUACAACAGAUGCCCCCGAACAAAUCACCUUUGCAGCCAUUGCCCCGACAGCCACCUGCCGCUCCCCAGCAACAGCGCCAACCUCCACCGACACACAGGCAGCAGCAGCAUGCCCCUUCAACCUCACAGGGCGCACCAGUUAUCACUGAUCCGCAGCAGCUGAUGAACAUGUCAGAGGAACAGCGUGUGAAUUAUUUAAUGGAAGACGCAAAACGUGCCAAGCGCAAUCACAAGAUUUUCCUUCUUUCCCGUGGCAAUGGGUUGAUGACACCCCAGGACAAGAACUUCAUCACUCGAAUCCAGUUGCAGCAGCUCGUAGCUGCUACUGGGAAUGUAAAUGAUACUGAUUCUGAGUCAUUAUUGUCAGAGGACUUUUAUUAUCAAGUCUAUAGUCAGAUACGCGGUGCUCCACGUCAACAUCCACGCCAGCCUCUAGGCCAUUUCGCACAAACAUAUCUUUUCCAAACUGGAAAUCGCACAGGUGGUCAUGGCCGUCGACAAUAUCAGAAUGCGGAUAACCAUAUGCAGCGUAUGCAACAGCAGGUACAACGAGCUGUUGAGGCGGCCAAGGCAAAGCCGAAAAACAAGCAGCUCAUCAUUGAGGGAAGUUUGGGAAAAAUAUCAUUUAGCAACGCCAAGACGCCGAAACCAUUGCUGAAUAUAAAGAAGCCAGAGGGCUCCGACGGGCUCAAGCCUAAACGAGCAACGGCAGACCUCAGCGCCAUUGACAGGAAGUCCGUUCUGAACAACAUCGAGAGUGUUUACACAAUUUUAAUGCAGAUGGAAGACCUCGAGCGAACAAUGCCCCCGCCCCCAGAGGAAGGUGACGCUGAGUCCAUUGAGAAACACUUGGAAUGGAGACAAAAAAUGCAAGCUCUGAACCAAGAGCUCUGGCAAGACAUGAAGGUUCUUGAACCUAUUGUACCAGGUUCUACGGUACCGCAUCCCUUUAUUGCUUUCUUGUCUUAUCCGAAGGGCAAGAAGGCCAUUCCCCGUCUUUUCCGUCAAAUUGAUCAGGAACAACGUGUCACUGUAUUGACUAUGAUUGUUGUUAACCUCGAUACUCUUGAUGUGGUCCGCAAAGGUCAAUUAAACACUGGAGAGACCCAGCUACCGGCAGCGGCUCGGGAAGAUAUUGAACUAUUUUCUCAGACUGUCAUGCCAAGCUUACUUGGUUAUGUCAAUGAGGCGCCGUUUAACAUCAUUAUUGGCCUCUUAGGUUUAGUGCUUGCUCAAACGCAUGUUCUUUUUGUGGCUAAAACCAGGGUUGGUUUGGGUAUCAUGACCAUGCUCCUCAGUCGCGCAGAAAUCGUCAAGGAGGCAGGUCAAGCUGAUGAGCAUGACUGGCAACAAUGGAUUGAAAAGUUCAACCAAUUAUUUGACUCUUUGGAACCAGGAUUGACCCAUAUUUUUCCGGGUUCCAUCAAUACUGGAGACGAUAUGUAUGUCUGGCAAUUCUUGGCGGCGGUGGGCAUCGGAGCAAGCCCAGACCAACAGCAACGGCUUGUGAUAGCUGUUAAGGACCGUGUCAUGGAAACCGUUGCCCAGAGUAAGACUCUCCCGGCUGAUAUGGCGAGUCAACGGUUGAGCAACGUCAACCUUUUUAUGCGAGCUAUUGGCCUCGAUGUAGAGCUUCUUGGUUGAUGUUGCUAUUUAAUCUCAUGUUUCAUCUUUUUUAUUCACCGAAAGAAGCCCCAAUAUUUUUCAAAAACCACAUCGGAUGACGACGUUGGAUGAAUGCUAGUAUUACUAGCGAAGUGAUGAAUGUGGAAUUGAAUGAAGAUGAAUCGCCUUGACAGGCUGCACAAUUAUGGCCGUAUCUGUUUGGGGAUUCGGCCGAUGACUAUGGUGCCACUAUCCAUGUACCAUACAACAGAGCUUUCAAACCUAGAUCUAUGCGCAGCCUAGCGGACAUUUAUUGACAGAGGUUUGAUGAGAUAUAUGGAGGAGGUUUUGCAGUUGCGCCGAACUACUAUAAAAAGCUCUCUCAUACUGCUCUUACUGUGACUCGACUAUGUCGAUUAUAUGCAUAAAACCGGCGGUCAGACGCUUGUUUUAUCAAGAUUCUGUUGGAAAAGAAGACAACAAAUAAUACAUUCAAUACCACACAUGGAGAUCAUAAAGU